AUGGCGUUAGGUUUUUAUCAAGGAAUCGUACUUGGUGAACGUGGUCCGACAAUAAAUAUUAAUAAUAUAUUUUGUUGUUUUUAUCAAAAUUAUAAUUUAGUUGAAUUUAUUUCUUGUUAUUUGAAUCAUGAUAUUCGAGAAUGUGGUAUUCCAUCAAAAUAUCAAUUAAUUGUUGGAAAAAUUUUAGAAACUCUUUGGCUUCUAUUACCACGUGCCGAUGAAAUUGGUCCUUAUCGUUUUCAAUCAUUUCAUCAUUCAGCAAAUGGACAUACAUUUAAUAAUAAUAAAAAUGAACAAAUUGUUAGCUGUAGUCAUGAUAAAAAAAAUAUUUACAUUAUACAUUAUCCAAAUUUACCUCUUAUCAAAUUAUACCAUCCAGAUUAUACAAAUCAAACAUGUAUUGUACCAAUGGAAUUCAUUACUGUUGAUCAAGGGCAAUUAAGUCUUGAACCAUUUACUACAAAACAAUAUGCCGAAAUAAAAAAAAUAAUUGCUCUUCGUCCUCAAGAAUGUUACGAAAUGAUUCAAAGUAUUACCAAUGGACAUUUAAAAAAUCUUGGUAUUACUGUUGAUAAUGAAAUGUUAAUGGUACCAGCUCGAAUAUUACCACAAUUACAAAUUAAAUAUAAUGAUGUUAUUGAACGAGUCCAAAUUGGUAAAUGGUACUUAGAUAAUCGUUUUAAUAAAGUACGUGAAAUACGUACAUGGGCUGUUGUUUUUAUUAAUCAACGUAAAUUAGAUAAUCGACAAAUUGAUUUAACAAGAGAUUUUGUUCAAAAAAUUCGACAGGCUAUGUCAAAAUAUGCUAUUCAAUUUAAUUCAUCACCUAUUGAAAAAUCUGAUGUAGCUGUACCACAAACAAUUUUAGCUCAUAUAAAUGAACUAAAAAUGCAGGGAUGUGAAGUUAUUAUUUAUAUUCUUAAUCAAGUGGAUAAUGAUAUUUAUGAUGUUAUUAAAGAUUUUGAAAAUGUUCAAACUGAUACCAUAAUUCAAUGUGUACUUUUCGAUCAACUUAUGUCAAUUAGUGACUCUUGUGACAUGAAUAUGUAUAUUCAAAAUAAUUUGGUCAAAGAACUCCGUGCUAAAUUAGGUGGUGUCAAUCAAUUUGUUUCAUUGAUGCGUGCAUUAACAUCACCACCAGCUCGAUCUGAUAUAUUUAUGUUUUUUGGAAAAAUAUCACUUGAAAUUAUCGAAGAUUUUCAUAUUCAUGUUGAUUAUUUUUUACGUGUGUUUUCAAAUUAUAACUCACAUUUACCAAAUAAACUUGUCUUUUAUCAAGUUGGCCGUCAUAAUCAAUCAUUUCAGAAUAUACUUAAUCAUCAAUUACAACAAGCUAUUCAACGAGCAUGUCAAGAAUUAUAUGGUCAUAAUUCAAUACUUCAAAUUUGUUUUGUUCUUGUUAAAAAAAAUCAUAACACACGUUUUUUUAUUUUGGAUAAACAAUCUAAUCGAGCACAUAAUAUUCAACCAGGAACAGUUGUUGAUACCGAUAUUGUUCCACCAAAUGGUUUUUAUUUUUAUCUUAAUUCUCAUGCACCUAUUAAAGGUACAUCACGUCCAGUGCUUUAUCAAGUAUUAUAUGAUGAAAUUGGUUUUACAUCAGAUGAAAUUCAACAAUUAACAUAUUAUUUAUGUCACAUUGAUGUUCGAUGUCGAAAAGGUAUACUUGUUCCAGCACCAGUUUAUUAUGCAACACAAUGUGUGUCACAUCGGCGCUAG